UGGUCAAGUACGCUGCGGUGAUGAUACGGUUUGGAGGAGCCUGGUACUCGCGUCACCAUGGAAGCGCUCAGUUUGCGACAUGUAUUCGCCAUUUUGCUGCCUCGGUGUGUGUAUGUGUGGGCUUCUCUCUAUGAGGAUACCUCUGUAGCUCACAAACAUUCAAGACUCUAGAUACCAGCUAAAACAACCACGGAAAUGUCUGCACUUAGAGAAGUGUAGCUGCCGCAAAAUGACAUGGACAUUCGGACUAUGUAACGUGAGAUAACGUUAGUCUCGUCGAGCGUCACCGAGGAAGAUCUGGGAAAAUGCAAGCUUGACAAACCAGACAGUGAUUUUCAGUCACCAGCCACUCAGGAUGACAGCACGAAGUAAAGAGGAGGAAUAUUAUUGUCCUCACGUGUUUCUUUCGUUGGAUUCUGAAAUUUAACCACAUUCAAAAGACCAUCAAUAAUGAUACCUGGAUUGAUCUCCCAGGACUUACAUGAGCAACUUCUGGACCUGAGGAAUUACCAAAAUCGCACAAAUGGGGUGGAAGAGCUCAAACGUAUCCUCUCAGAAGUGGACUUGAAAUCAGUCCCCUCUGGCAGUAUUGAGGAGUUCAUCGAUUUUCUACCACGGCUUCUGGAUGACAGUAAUUUUAAGGUGUUGUAUGGCACCCUACAAGUCUUAAACUUGCUCAUUCAGAAGCUAGAUGCAGGAGUAGACAAAUUUUUCAAGCAGAUAGUCUCAGUGGCUUUGAAGGCCCUGGGGGACACUCGCACCGUCACCAGAAAUGAAUACAUGAAUGUGUUUCGACAAUUGAUGAAAACUGUUGCACCACAGCAAAUAUUGGACCUUAUCACUGGCAACUUGAAACACAAGAAUUCAAGGGUUCGGGAAGAUGUCCUCAACAUCAUUAUGGCAGCUAUGCUCACUCAUCCUAGGAAGGAUUUCAACAUCCCCAAGCUUUGCUUUGAGGUUGCACCGUACUUGGCGGACAGCAAAAGAAAGGUCCGUCAUGCCACCCUUGAGCUGUUUGCUAUUUUUGACUAUUGCCUUGACACAGGGAAAAAACAGCCUCUGAUGAAAGCUGUGGACAUGGUUGAACUCAAUGAGGAUGCAGAGGGUCUUAUGGCAGCUGUUCAAGCAAGACGAGCACGGCGCAUCCUUCCAAAACUCUCCGCAGAAGGAAUAGUGGAGUAUGGCUUGGUGGUGCCCAAACCAGGACAGCGGUGCUCGCUGCAACAUGCUUCUGGAGCUGAUCUGGACUGGGUGAUGAAUGGAGGGAGGAUAAGCAGUGCCAGGAGCCACAGAACUGAACCAGAUUGUGACCGUUUGCAUGGCUAUGGCAGCUUAGGGUCUCUCACUGAUGACCUUCCUCUUCAAAGGAGGAUUGUCAGUGCAGGUAAAGGGAAGAACAAACUACCCUGGGAGAUAUCAAGCUUCUCAUCCACUGAGAACGACCAGCAAUAUAUUACACCUAAUGGAAAGUGCUCUGAACAGGUGGCCAGUGAGGAUUUCCAUCUCCUGUCCAGGAAGUUUAGCCCAGAGACAUACAUACCCAGUUUUAGUUCUGCAGAGCCUCAGAAGCCACAGUCCUCCAGAAGAAGGGCGUCCCCUGCACGCAUCAGAAGAAGUGGAAGCCUCAACUUAGACCCUGACAUCUUUAAAACCGCCAACUCCUCUGACCCAGAUGUCGUGGCACCCAAGGGACGCAUGCUGCCACAGAAUCCCAGUGUUGAGCGCACGUUCUCCCUUCCCUCGAACCCCACCACAUCUGGCUCCUUUCUGCUGCCCUCCUACCCAUUAGCUACUCUCCCAGGAGGCAUUCUGACUCCAACAAUGUCCCGCCGCCAUGCAGACUCAUCUCUCUCUAUGUCCAACACCUGGCCCAACAAGAGAGAGAACAGCCCUCAUCAGCGAGACACCAGCCCCUGGAAAGACACAACAUGCACAGCAAAGGGAGAGAAUCCUUCAAGCAGAUGCUCUCCUCGGCCUCUUCUUGCCUCCCUUGUGAGUUCUUCUUCCACUUCGUCCUUCCGCCGGGCUCUGAGCAGCACCAGGGCAACCCUGUCUAUCUCACCAGUUGCCCCUACAGCAGAGCAAGUCCAGUCCCACAAUGGCCAGAGGUGCAGUGCUCCAGGCAUCCAUCAGAAUCAGCAGCUUGAAAGGAACAUUCAUCUGGACACUGAUGAUGGCAUUAGUGUGGUGCAAGAUCCUCAAGAAGAUGACCCUCUGGACAUGCAGGAGAUGAUGAACUCCCUUCGCUCUUUGCGCAACAGCGCUGCCAAGAAGAGGGCCAAAGUGAGCCUUUACAGUUCAGAUCCAGAUCCAGGCAGCCCUGACUCGGCUGUGAGGCUGGACCUGGGUCUGGAGUCUCCAUCGAACACCUCUCCAAUGCUUACCAACUCAGCCAGUGAGAGUGGUCUUUCCAGUCUGAGCUCAGUCGCCAACUCCAGCUUCAAUGGCAUUAAAACCAGCCCUGGAAAUUCAGCCUCUGCAGGAAUGAAACCUCGCAUUGCAAGAGUGCCUUCUGCAAAACUGAGGUCUUCUGUGUCCAUGGACUUCAGCAGCCUUCCAGGAUUGUCUCAGAGGAACGAGCUGUCAUCUGAGGUGGGCAUUGUUGGGCAGAGAGUCACUUACUCCAACGGAACAAUCAAAACUGAGGAAGAGAUGACAGGACCGUCCCCUCCGUUGGUCAAACCAGCCGUCCGGGAGUCAGUCAGAGCUCUGAAACCUGCUAAAGGAUCUCAGAGUCAGAGCAGUAGGAGCUCACCAGCCACAGAUAUGCCUGAAGGAGUCAUUGGAAGAGGCAUGUUUAGCACUGCAGUGUCCUCCAGCUGUCCAGGAGUCGCCUUGUCAUUUGAGCAGGGUGAUUCAGUGGCCAAACCCCCCACUGAUCCCUCAGCAGGCAUCUACAGCCACACUGUGUCUGGCAGUCACAGAGACAGUGAUGACAGCCCGCAUCCAGAGGAGGUUAAGCAGAGGGUGAAGAAUGCAAGGUUUAUCCAAGAUAAAAUGCGACUGCAUUGUCUGGAUCAGCAUGAGGAGCAAUUCAGUCAAGGGGACCACACAAGAGACAAGAUUCGCCACCGAGUCAGGCAGAUGCUGUCUGACUCACCCACGGAGGAGAACAGAGUAUUAAUCAUCAAAGAUUUGCAUUUGAACGGCAGCACACUGACCUCCACCAAAGGAGAACUUCUCUCUGACGAGUCCCCCGUCAGCCCCACAAGUCCUGUCAGCCCACCAGGGCCCCAAAGCCCCAGCAAGUGCUUCACUCCGCCACACCAGCCGAGCCCCCCCACAGUGCCCCCCCACCCAAAAAACAUGUCCCGUCUUAGGAGGGCCCCUAGCCUCAGCAGAACCCGACCGUCGCUGUCCCACAGCUCAGAUGAGUUGUCACCUGGUACUGUGGGACCCAAGAAAAACCUGUCUGAUCCUCCGGAGCUGUGUCCGUUUUCAAAGCCUGACCUGGCACUGACACAGAGCUUUAACCUGCUAAACUCUGAAGACUGGGAGAAGAAGAUUGAGGGUCUGAUGUCCUUGCGCAGUCUGGCUCGCUACCACUCAGACACACUCCAGGGCAGGCUUCAUGAUGUCUGCUUGUCUCUCAUUCAAGAGGUGAAGAACCUGCGGUCAGGUGUGUCCAGGGUUGCAGUGUGUACGCUGGGCGACCUGUACACACACAUGCAGAAGGCAAUGGACCAGGAGCUGGAGGGGACAGUUAAAGCUUUACUGCAGAAGGCUGGGGAGAGUAAUGCCUUCAUUAGGCAGGAUGUAGAUGCAGCACUGGACUGCAUGGUGCAGCACUGCACACCCACUCGUAGCAUCAGUGCUUUACUCUCCGGGGGGCUCAGUCACCUCAACGCAGUAGUGAGAAAAUGCACCGCCCAGCAUCUGGCUAAUUUGGUAGACAAGGUUGGUGCUGUCCGUCUUCUCUCUGGAGUUAAAGAUCUCACCGACCGAAUCUUACCUGCCGUCACCAAACUCGCACAAGACUCCUCACAGGAAGCCAGGUACUUUGGUCGUCGAAUGCUGCUGUCCCUAUCAUCCCACCCUGACUUUGACAAGAUCCUGGAGAAAUAUAUUCCCACCAAAGACCUACUGACCGUCAGAGACACCGUCUUCACUCUGAAGACAAAGGGUCUCGGUGAAAUGCCCCAAGACACCCAGUCUGCCAGGGGUAGACGCUCCCUCCCAGGCAGUGGUACAGUCAGGGCCUCGUCCCUCACCAGGGAGCCUCUCAACCAGACCAACAGGGAGUCUAAUAGCCAUUACAGCUGUAGAUCUCAGAAACAAAGUAUUGCAGACAAGACUGAAUACAUCAAGCAGAUCUCAGGUCUGCUGUGUUCAAAGGACUUCAGAGAAAGGAUCAAGGGAAUCGACCAGCUAGUGGCCGACUGCCAGCACAACCCCAACAUGGUCAUCAAUAGUAUAUUCCCGGUAUUUGAUGCCUUCAAGGCCAGGCUGCAGGAGUCAAACAGCAAGGUCAACCUGUAUGCCCUUGAGUCCCUGCAGAAAAUCAUCCACUUGUUGAAGGACAAUCUGUCCCAAGUGGUCAAUAUCCUGGUCCCAGCCAUCGUGGAUAAUCACCUCAACUCCAAGAACAAUGCCAUCUACUCCGCUGCUGUUGGAGCUAUCAAUGCACUUAUCCUAAAUCUUGAUAACAUACUUCUUCUUCAGCCAUUCUGCACCAAGGCUCAGUUUUUAAAUGGCAAAGCAAAGGUGGAUCUUAUCGAAAAGGUUGCAGAUCUUGUAACAGAGCUUUACCCUCGCAAGCCCCAGAUGGUUGAGCAGAAAGUGCUGCCCUUGCUGUGGCACCUCCUGAGCACCUCUACCCACAGUGGCACCAUUCAUGGCCGAGGCGGCAGUGUAAGGGGUGCUACCGGCAACCUGUGCCAAGCCCUUUACACCCAGAUGGGGCCCAGUCUGAUUGACUGUGCUGCCUCCCAGCCUUCCAAUGUCCACAAAGGUUUAAAUGAGGUCCUAAGGACCUUAUCCUAAAUGGUAAAACAGGAUCCACACACAUCCACAUCGGAAGGGAAGAACAUUAACACUGACCUUACUUGAAAACAGAGAUGUUCCACAUUUCUUAUAGUGCCUGCACUUUUAUAUCAAUAAAGUCCUUAAAAAAGGAGCUCUUAUUGUUAUCUCAGUGAGAUUUCCUCUGGUACAGGAGCAUGGACAAUUGUAAAAUACUGGCAUCAGGUCUUACACAUACUCAACCUGCUCUCUUUGCACUUUGAAAAGGUAGCUCAUUAUCAUGAUAGACAUGAGUUUUACAUUUUACCAUCCCAUGCUUGUCACUGCUUUUUUUUCAUAAUCUAAACAAGGACUGUAGACAAAUCAGAGACACUAUUGCAGAAUGUAAAAUUGAAAUGCACAAAAAGAUGAGGAAGAAGACAGGGACCUGAAAAGUGUAUAUUUUUUCUGUUUCAUCAAAUGUGAUGUGAUAUUUUCAAAAUGUCUUAUGUAGUUGUUUUAAAGAUUUGUGGAAUGAGAUUAACAAAAAUAGUACAAAACACUUUUGUACAGCUAAAGUAUGUAUUUGCACAGUAUUAGUAAUCAUAUGCUGUAUGAUGGUACAUUUUGUAAUUUAUCUAUUGUGUAAUGGUUUAAAAGUCCUGUAAAUGAUGUGCUGCGCUGGUACUGUCUGUCUUUUUUUUUUUUUUUGCAUGACCAAACUUAAGUGGCAGGAUCAGCAUUAUGUCUAUUUUUGUAAAGGAGAUAUAUAUGUACACGGAUGCCUAGAUCAAGGUUGGGUUUGCACAGAUUCUCCUGGAUGAGGACUGCGUGAAAGAAGAAGGAGCAGCUUUACUACAGCGGUUGCCUGAGAAACAGUGCAGAUCUGAUUCUGUCUCAGUAUAGUGCCAGUCUUCAAGUAGCCUUUAACUAAUCUAUUGUUAAAUUAUAUUAAACUUGUUGUUUAAACAAGAACAGAGACAGAUUGAUAUAUAAAUAAAGUCUUUUAUUUCUGUAAAACCAACUUCCAUGUGGCUCAUUCAAAUUGUAAUGGGAUUGGGGUGGGAAACUGUGGAAUCGACCACAUGCACUGAUGUCUGAAUGUCUGAACCUGACAGUUAAAGUUUUACUGCUUUUCCAAAUGAAAAGUGAAUUAAAUAUUAUCCAAGAAUCAUACAUUAUAUGCCUCUUAAGUUACCCAGUCUACCUUUAUCAAUGGGUACUGACUACCCAUGAGAUUCUGAACAAGUUUUCUGUGGUGUUCUGGGGUCUUGCCCCUCUUAAUAUA